AUGCACGCACUCGCACUCGCUGCUGCCUCCUUCACCGCCUUCGCAGGCUUCACCGCCGCCCGCCCGGGUAACGACGUCCUCGUCGCUCACGCCGUCCGCUCGCUCGCCAAGCGUGCCGGAACGUCGCCCACCUCGUCGUCAUCCUACCUGAGCGAGAUCUUUGGCAUGGUCACGACCCAGUGCCAGUCCACCUGCGGCGCUAGCUUGCAGGACUUGACCGUUUGCAGCUGCUCGAACAUGACGACCCAGGCAACCAUUGCCGCCUGCGCCUGCUCGUCCGUCACCCUCGGCGACCUCCGCUCCUGCUCGUCCUGCAUCUCGACGACCACGAAGUCCGACUCAAAUGCCACCAAUGUCGUCUCCUCCUACAACUCGUACGUCGACCUCUGCACGCAAGAAGGUCUCGCUACCGUCACCGGCACCGUCGAGGUCGGCGCCUCGACCAAGGCCAUGUCGCGCGCCGCCAGCACUGUCUCCGUCACCUCGAUCCCCUCGUCCCUCGUUACCUACAACCCGUCCUCGAAGCCCGCUUCUACCGCCACCGUCCCCUCGCUCGUCGCCACGGGAUCUAUCGCCUCGUCUGCUCGCGUCGCGGCAGCCAGCGGCAGCAUCUCGGGCUCGGCGGCGUCUGCGACUCCCAGCAAGACUUCUGGCGCCGGACGGACCGCCAUGUCGGCUGCGGCAGGUCUCCUUGCCGUCGCUGCGGGCAUGGUCGUCGUCGCCUGA